AUGGCUGGACAUGGCUGGACCGGAAGGCCUUCCGUGCCCAUCCUGGAUGUGCUGGACUCGGCCAGUUACGCAGUGCUAGGCACAGCUGACGGAUCAGAAGAGCCAGUGCAGGACUCCCAGAGCUUUGACUAUGUGAUCUGCUUGGAGUUGUUGGACGGCCUGAGCGUGAAGGACCUUUCCAGUGCCUGUAAUGCCACACUGGCCACAUUGCGGCCUGGGGGCUUGGCAAUGUUCGUCUCCGAGGAGCCGGAGGCCUUCGGCUCGCUGAAGCGCGCCAUGCGCGGCCUGCGGCCCUCGGCGGAGGAGCGGCUCGGCGUCCGGCGGGUCACGGAGGAGCUGCGGAUCCACGUCUAUCGACGGGCGCAAGGAGCUGACGCCAGCGAGAGCAAAGCUCCAAGCAGUUCCUAUCCAGCUGGUUGGGGUCAGUGGCAGAAGGGCUGGGUGGAGCCGGCUCGGCCCAACCUGAACAUCGCCAAGAUGUUGCGGCAAGGCACCGCAGCUUCCGUCGACACCGAAGGCUCAAGCCAGGAGCCCAAGGAGUGGAUAUCAGAUGCUUUGCAGCUAGUCCUGUUGCCUUCCAAGGGCCGAGGCCUGGUGCUCUCGCGCUCCGUCAAGGCUGGAGAGUUGCUGCUGGUGUCCAAGGCGCUGUUUCUGGCGCCGGCGGAUCAGAUUCAGCAGCUGGCCCUGAGCUGGCUGUUGGAAGCUACACCGCGAGAGAAGCAGCAGCUCUACUCGCUGUACGAUGGCUGCAACGGUGACAGCCUUCCGUCACUGGACCUCUAUCGCCCAGCUGAUGCGGUACCAGUGGCAGGUGUUAGCUGUCCCGAGCGUAUGGACCCCGAGCGCAUCUACCAGAUCCUGGCACUGAACGGCUUCCAGGCGGAUAAAUUCCACGCGGCCAGCGCGACCGACCCUGGCAAAGCCAAAGAUAUGCUGAAUAGAAAGGAGGAUGAGAAUGGCACAGCAGUCUCUGGUCUUUGGACAGUGCCGUCCCUCAUGAAUCAUGCGUGCAUCCCGUCCACGGUGGCUGUUCCUUUGACCAAAGCCAGCCUGGCAUUUCUGGCGGCUUACGAUCUGCCAGCAGGUGCAGAGGUCACCUUGCGCUACUGCAAGUUGCAGAUGCCAGUGGAACUGCGGCGGAGCGAGUUGAAGCGACAGAAAGGCUUUGAAUGCAGCUGCUCACGCUGCAAUCUGGAGGCUGAGAAAGUGCCGCCUGAGUUGGCACAACGCUUGAUGCAUGUGCAAGAACGGGCAGCUGCACUGGAUCUCCCAGCUCCAGAUUUCCUGGCGGCCAUUGAGGAGGUGACAGCUGUGACACGUCGAGAAGUGAGUGCCCGGGCGACCUCAGAGGCGGAGCUCCAGGUUCUCUUAUCCAGCUAUGCACCUGUCUUCGUUUGCCGCGCGAUGACCAUGGAGCAUGUGCAAGCGCCGGCCAAGAGGCGCUACGAAGCCUGGAAGGAGGUGCGGGAUCUUCUUCAACAGCUGGAACCGUCCUCUCCCAACCACCUCUACGCGGCCUCCUGCGCCGCAGCCGCGUGUCCCGGCGACGCCACGGCGCUGCGGAUGGCCCUAGCGGCGUGGCUGGGGCGACACGGCGUGCUGCAGGCGAACGACCACAUGAACUGGUCAGUCUCCAGCUUGGCUGCCACAGCGCAGCAGCCGGCGCUGGAGGCUUUCGUGGAGGCGAUGAAACCGCCGCGGGCCUUGGAGGAGCUUCGCACGGAGGAAGGUUGGCAGAAGGCUCUGGCAGUGCUGGGCCAACAUGGCACCUGGGCAUCUGGGAGAGCAACGGACAAACCGCAGCCGCAAACAACGCAGGCACAGGAUCAAGUAGCCGAGCCUCGCGCUGGUGAACAUCGAUGGGCAAGGACCAAGGAGGGUUGCCAGCUGCAGCUGUUUGGCUUCGACGCCGCGGCGCAGCUGGACAUCUCGCCCGAGCGGCUGCGAGCAGCGCCCAGUGUGGCUGCCAUGCAGCGAGGAUGCGGAUUGGUGGAGCUGGACUUGGUGCAGGAGAUGGAAAUCUGGAAUUUACCCAAGGACUUUGAUGUCUCACAUGUCAAAGCACGUGCGGGACGAGAUGCGACCGAGAUGCCAAUGCUUCGAGUGGAUUUUCGAUGGAAAAAUGGGAGGAUUUUUCGCGUGCCAAAAUCCAAACGGGUUCUCAGUCUAAAAAAGAGAAUACUGUAUCAUUAA